AAAGUUUUUGUAAUGGGCGUGUAUAAAGAAUAAAGCCCCAGAUUUGUUGCUGAAUGUCAGAUAUUUAACACCAGCUAUCAUAGCCAACACAGCUUCUGCAAGAUGGCAUUCUUUCAGAAAUUUCUCCAGAAAAUUAAUGGUGAUGACAGCUCCAGGGAUGUAAAAGUUGGUCCUGGUCAGACUGCAUACUUUGGAACAGUCAAACCUGAUCCAAACUUCAAUGCCCAGAAUGAUGCUGAAAAACUGAAAAAAGCCAUUGAGACGAAAGGUGUGGAUGAAGCCACUAUUGUGGAGGUGAUAGCAAAGAGGAGCAAUGCACAGAGACAGGAGAUCAAAGAAGCUUUUCAGAAGAACACUGGAAAACCUCUGGCAGAUGCACUGAAGAAAGCUCUGAAGUCAGAUUUCGAAGAGGUGGUUCUAGCCCUGCUCAUGACACCACCAGAAUAUGAUGCUUUUGAAAUUAAAAGAGCUACUAAAGGUCUUGGGACAAAGGAAUCUGUCUUAAGUGAAAUUCUGGGAACCAGAUCAAACAAGGAGAUUACUGCACUUAAUCGUUCUUUUAAAGAAACGUAUGGAGAGCUGCUGGAGGAUGUAAUUAAAAAGGAAGCUAGUGGAGAUCUUGAGAAAACACUGGUUGCCCUUUGCAAGGCUACCAGGAGUGAGGAUUAUAACAUUGAUGAUGGACUUGCAAAGAGCGAUGCAAAGUCUCUGUUUGAAGCGGGGGAGAAUCGGAUUGGCACUGUGUGCUCUGUCUUUAUUGAUAUCCUCACAUCCAGGAGCGAAGCUCAGUUGUGUAAAAUUUUCAAGUUUUAUGGGCAAUACAGCAAAGACGGCUUAGCAAAAGACCUGGCGGGUGAGCUGCACGGAAAUCUCGAGGACUGUCUCAUGGUCAUUGUGAAGUCUGCUUGGAACAAACCUGCCCUGUUUGCAGAAAAACUUCACCAUGCUAUGAAGGGAUUAGGAACCAACACGGACACAUUGACUAGAAUCAUUGUGAGUCGUUCAGAAAUUGACCUGCUGAAAAUUAUUCAAGAGUACAAGAGGAUGUAUGGAAAAACCCUUCAGGAAGAGAUUCUGAAGGAGACUAGUGGAGAUUAUGAGAAGAUUCUGCUGGCACUAUGUGGCACUCAAUAAACUUCACAUUAAAACCAUGUUUACUCAUCACAAGGAUGUAUUCAUUACCUGUGUAAACUGUACUUACUAUAAUUGAUUAUAGACUCAUCAUGGCAUUGUUCAUAAAGUGCUUUAUUAAAAUUCUGCACACUGUGGGAA